GCAGCCGCCGUGAGGGGGGGAGAGGCGCCGGGGCGGGAGGAGGCCGGGCCUGGGCCUCCGGUGCUGCCGCCGCCGCCGGGAGGGUGAGGGAGGAUGAACUGGCUGUUCCCCCUCGCCAAGGGCGGCGGCUCGGCCACCCCGCUGCCCGCCCUCACCACCCUCCAGCAGCAGAAGCAGCGGCAGAUCGAGUCCCUGCGCGGAGCCCACGCGUCCAUUGCAGAAAUUCAGAAAGAUGUGGAAUAUCGACUGCCAUUCACUGUAAACAACUUGACAAUUAAUAUUAACAUCUUGCUUCCACCUCAGUUUCCUCAGGAAAAGCCAGUCAUCAGUGUUUUCCCACCUGUGAGACAUCAUUUAAUGGACAAGCAGGGAGUUUAUGUGACUGGUCCACUAAUCAGUAAUUUUACAAUGCACUCAGAUCUUGGAAAAAUUAUUCAAAGUUUACUGGAUGAGUUUUGGAAGAAUCCUCCGGUUCUGGCUCCGAGCUCAACUUCAUUUCCAUACCUUUUCAACAAACCAGCUGGAAUGCCUCCUUAUCCUCCUCAGGGGUUUCCAUUCCUCCCUCCCUACCCACCUCAAGAGCCAAACAGAACGAUGGCGGCCGUGCCCGUCGCCGAGUCUGUUCCUUCAAGCUACACUACGGACAAGCCUGCUGCUCCCUCCUACGGCCUGAUUGCUGACCUGCCCCUGCCUGUUCCAACAGCAGAAGCCGUGCUUCAGGUUGGUCAGAAUGGAUUUACCUACAAGAUGCCCGACGUUCCUGACACGUUUCCAGAACUCUCAGAACUAAGUAUAUCGCAGCUGACGGACAUGAACGAGCAGGAGGAGGUGCUGCUGGAGCAGUUUGUGACUCUGCCACAGCUGAAGCAAGUCAUUACUGACAGGGACGAGUUAGUCAAAAGCAUCGAGGAGCUGGCAAAAAAAAACUUGCUGCUGGAGCCCAGUCUUGAGGCAAAAAGACAGACGGUGUUGGAUAAACAUGAGCAGCUCACACAGCUGAAAGCAGCCUUUGAAAAAAAGAUGCAAAGACAGCAUGAACUUAGUGAGAGUUGCAGUCCAAGUGCUCUGCAAGCCAGACUUAAAGUAGCUGCUCAUGAAGCUGAAGAGGAAUCUGACACUAUUGCAGAAGACUUCUUGGAAGGCAAAACAGAAAUCGAUGACUUUCUUAGUAGUUUUAUGGAAAAGAGAACGCUCUGCCACUGUAGACGAGCCAAAGAGGAAAAGCUUCAACAGGCAAUAGCAAUGCACAGCCAAUUUCAUGCUCCACUAUAGACUUCCUGCAAACUACACCUGCCAAGAGAACGAGUGAAAAGCCCAAUAAAGCACACUUUUUAAUAAUUAUUAUUUGCAAAUAAGCAUUUCAUCUUAUACGGCGGUAUUUAUAGAAGAGAUUGUAUACAGAGCUGGGGUGGUUUUUGUACAAAUUAGAAUGUCUCUUUAUAUUCUCAUUGUACUCAAGAAUCCUUCUAUUGCAAUCUUUGCACUAAUUUCUUGUAUUUAUUGUUGAUAGUUCUUAUUAUAUUUAAGUUCCUGCUGCUAUACUCCAUUCUUCAGAGAUUAAAUAUCUAAACAUGUAAUUUAACUAGCUUUUUACAUUUUUAUAAGAGCAUAAUUCAUAUCUUUUGUAUUUUGAACUUACAAACAUAGAUUUGGCUUGAUCUGUGGAAUAGUUUGAGAUGAGUGGUGACAGGACUUUGGAAACUGAAGAAUUUCAUAAUCGGGGAUUGUCAGUGGAUUCACAGGCUGUCUUUUCUGGAAGCCAAAAUGUUUUAAGAACAAGUUUUUUUACUUUUAAGUAAUAAUUCAAAACUAGGUAUGGCCUGUAUUGUGUUUUGGAUAAGUAGAUUUGGAUUAAGCAAAGGAUGUGUUGGAACAAAUUCUAUUGGAAUGGAAAUAGAAUAAAUGAUCUCUGCGUAGAUUGGG